CAGUCGCUGAAUGGACGUUUGUGUUUUUUUUUUAGGCGGCUCGAUGCGGAUCGAGCGCACGUUAAGCGUUAAAAAGAGUGUAAACAUGUGACAUUCACUCCAAUGAUUGCCAACUAUGAAGAAGAACAGAAACGAAAUGGUUGCUGCAGCAGUCGGUCGCUACUUAAAAGGAAGGCAGUACAUGGACUGCGAUUCCUUCAAGAAAGCUGACGUGAAGCUGCAGCAAAGCGUAGCCGACUAUGCAUUGAAUGGAACGGUGGCUUCCGAGACGGGAGCCAAAAAUGUUCUAAGCUACAGCCCUGUAAAUAAGGAUGCUCAAGCUGUAGAGCAGCAGUUUAGCAAGCUCAAGAACUUCAUUGCCGACGCUUGCGAACCCUUCAAGUCCGAACUCACCUUCAUGUUGUUCCCAGUGUUUGUGCAUUUGUACCUUGAACUCAUCAGCAAUGGUCAAAAGUCUUCAGCUCAGAAGUUUCACAAUCGUCAUCGAAGCACAUUUCAAUCAUCAGACCAAUAUCGUAUGAUCAUGGACAUGCUGCCCAGCAUAACUUCUGCAUCAGAUGUACCGUCCCAUCCUCAUGUAAAAGAAUUCAGAGAAAACAAGUAUUCGGUAAAACUCUCGGAUGACAGCUUGGAGUAUGUUUUAAAUUUUUUGAGGGAUAGCGACAACCUCAUUUUGCUACAAGUCUUCAACUUGCACAUUGACAUUGAUGUACAGCUUGCGCAUGAAAAAAUGAAUGGGGAUGCGCAAGCCUUGGGCUUGCAGCAGCAGUUGGUCUCAUCAUCGACAGCAGCGAGAGCUGGCAGUGCUGAUAACAAGCAGGCACCUUCCAUUGAACACUGCAAGGAAUCAUUAACCUCCUUACGUCAGGCCAUCAAGAACGUCAAGGAAGGGGCCCCCUGCAUUCCUUCCAUCUGCCUCUACACGGUCAACGACCGUCUGUCUGGGCUCUGUUCGGCGUCGCAAGUGGAAGACGGCAGCCUCUUGGCUUGUGGCUUUGAAGACUCAUCUAUUCGGCUCUGGAGUCUGCUGCCACGUCCCCUCAGGACAGACCCACCCGAUGUGGACAUCAGCAGAGUCAGGCUGUACUGCGAUGAUGACGAGAUGGGUCACUGCGGCGCACCCCAGGAGAGUGAUAGCAGAUUGCUGCGAGGCCACCGCGGCCCCGUGUAUGACCUUGACUUCCUGCCUGGAAAAGAGUUGAUGCUAUCGUGCUCCGAAGACACCACAGUGCGAGCGUGGAGCUUAAAAACUCACAGCAAUGUUUCCAUCUACCGAGGUCACUCAUAUCCUGUCUGGGACCUUGAUGUUGGGCCAUUGGGGUUGUACUUUGCCACGGCGUCAAAAGACAGCACGGCAAAGAUCUGGACACUUGAGAGAACGUACCCACUGAGGAUACUAGCUGGCCACAACAUGGACGUGGAUUGCGUGAAGUUCCAUCCCAACAGCAACUACGUGGCGACUGGUUCGAGUGACCGGUGCCUGCGGCUCUGGUCAGUGCAGGACGGCCGGGUGGUGCGCAGUUUGCCUGCUCACCGGGGAACCAUCUUUGCUCUCGCCUUCUCUCCCGACGGGCAGCUGCUUGCCUCAGCUGGUGAGGACCGCAGGAUCAAAGUAUGGGACCUGGGGAGCUCUAGCUUACUCAAGGAGCUGCGAGGCCACACGGACGCAGUCUACAGCAUCUCUUUCAGUCGUGAUGGCUCAGUGCUUGCCUCUGGUGGUGCAGAGCCACUUGUUCACCUCUGGGACCUUCGACGCAGCGUUGGAUCUUCACCGAGUGACGCAGAUCCCAAUGGCCACAUGUCUCCGGAGCAUCUGGCAAGCUUUCCCACAUCCACAUCUGCACUUCAUCUGGUGCGAUACGCACCUCGAAACCUCCUCACCCUUGCUGGUUCUGCAGCGGCUGGUACCGGUGCCGACAUCUCUUCCAUUUCUUGACACAUUUGGUGCACUAAACACAAGGCCAAGUUCGCAAGCUCUCGAGCCACUGGAAACCCACCGUGCCGCGUUCUGCCUUCUUGCUCAUUCAGUGCUGAAAGACAUUCGGGCCGAGAGACAGCCACGGAGACUCACAGUGCCACAAAUUUUCUUGUGCUUGUUUAAAAAAGAAAUAUAAUGGAUUUUGAUGGA